GUAGCGUAAACAAAUGUAAAAUUAUUUGUUUUAUUGAUAAAUAAUGAGUGAUUUGUGCAAUGAGCAAGACAUAGGAGAUAAUAUUUAUACGAAUACGUAUAGUUUAUGGGGAAAUUCAAAGUAUUAUGACAUAAAAAACUUGUCGCCGCAAAAUUUCGCGAAUCGUAAUGGCACGAUUGGAAGUGAAAUUGGACAAGAGUUCCGGGCGACGCGAUGGGUACCGAGCAAGCCAGAAGUUGAAGUGAAGAAAGUCCCACCGGAUCCUUUUAAACGACGCACUAUCACGAAGGAGUCGUUAUAUCAAGAUCCUGAUAAAAAUAACAAAAUAAAAGAUGAUUUGAAGACUGCCAAAAAGUCAAGUUCGAAUUUUGACUGGACUCUGGGUUACUGGGAUAAAGCCGCAGAACAACCGGAACAGGAUGGUGGGCAGGGCUCCAGUCGGGGUAAGAAGCAAGUGCUGGGUGGAGCCAAGAUACAGAAGAAGUUGGACAAAAUGCUCGCGAAACCUGUGAAGAUGACCAAGGCAGAGAGCAUGAUGCAGAAGAUGGGUUGGCAGGGAGGAGCUCUCGGAAGGAGUGGGGAUGGCAUCGUGGAGCCCAUUGCCCCAAACGCUGUAUAUUCAUCAACCAAAGUCGGUUUCGGUCAACUCCAACUUUUAAAGCAACCAAAGUCGAAGCAAAUUGAAAAGAAACAGUUUUACGAAACGAACGUCCUCCACAGCGUUUACGAGUUCGUCAAAAACAAUAACGAAAUAGAGUUACUUUUCGAUAAAAGUUUAAGGAGGGAUGAACGGAAGAAAAUACACCAUAUUAUACAGUUCAAGGUUUUAGCCGAUGAUCUAGCGUCGGUGGACUUCGAUAGCACUGCCCAAGUCGAAUUAGUUUUACAAAUAAGCAAUAAUAACUGUUAUUUACUACACACGAAAAGUUCUGGUUCUUAUCCUAACCGCCAACUAUCCCUCUUUAAAAAAGCGCCUGAUCAUGUUUUCCUAAUUGUACCACAAGACCUUAAAAAGACCAAAGAAGGAAAUACUGAAGACAAACCGCUUGAAGUAGACUGUAAAGAAGAUAUAGUACCCGAAACUCCAGAAGACCAAAAAGACCAAAAUCGUCAAAUGGAUCAAGAAUCAGAAGAAUUGGAACCGGAAGAAACAAAUCCAUUCUUAAUAAGCAUUACGAGGAAUUUGAAGAAAAAUACAGAUUCUGAAAUGAAAGAAGAAGUGGAAAUAGCAGAAAUACCGGAGAAUCCGGUAGUCUCAGAAGCGGAGAAGAUUCCAGAAGAGCCGGUUAAUUCGGAAAUGUCCGACGAAGUUAUGAAAUUAAUAUUCGAAUAUUAUAAGAAAUUUAAGGGGAACAGAAGGUAUUCGCAGUUUAAGUUUUUGGGUCCGUUCGACGAGGAAGAAAUAGUUUGCAUCAAUGAGUUCAUCCAGCAAGCGACGAGGUAUUUGAAUAAAGAGCCGUGUCCAUACGCCAGCGUGUUUGAUGACGUGGAGUUUGAGAUAAACGAAGAUUGUACCGGAAACACAGUAAUAUUCAAGAGGCCCGUAUAAAGAAU